ACAAAAGGCAUUAUCCAAGAUGGCCUCUAAAGAAGGGAAGCUUCUCCUCGUAUGCAUUGUAGUCAUUUUAGUGAUGCAUAGUUUUGAAUCAACCUUUGCAGAGCAAGACUGGGAAACUAUAAAGGCUAGGGUAUUCUCAGUUUGUAGGCCAGCAAUUCGUAAAGGCCACAAAGGUUCGGGGAAAUCAUUUACUGAAUGUUGUGAAGCCAUGGCGAAGGAGGACAUCGAUGGUAUCUGCAAACAUCUUGAUGAGGCAGACGAGCAUGAUAUCGAUCCUAAGAAACUAGUCCAUGUGGCAAGAGAGUGCGGCCAUAAGCUUGCGAGUACUGAACAUUGUGGAACUUACAAAAUACCGCCACCACCCAUCGUCACCAGCGGAGGCCAGCAAUAAGCAUGUGUUUCAAGUGACAAGGGGCCAUAUGUAACUCGGUGAAAAGAAGUAAUAAAUCUGGAAUGUGUUUCAUUGUUGA